AUGGUCGAGUUCGGAUUCGAAACAACGGGUGAUGAUGUCGUUGCAGCCUUCCCUGGAACGCUCAAGGGCAAAAGAAUACUCAUAACAGGUCCCAGCUGGGGGAGCAUUGGUUCCGAAACAGCCAUCACUUUGGCAAAAGGACCUCCGGCCAUGAUUGUCUUGCUUGGUCGAGACAUAGAAAAGAUCCAGCCUGUGAUAGACAAGGUCCAGGAAAUUGACCCGGGCGUCGUCACAAAAUUCGUCCCAGUCCACCUUGACUCCCUCAGGAGCGUGCGCCACAGUGCUCAGCAGAUCCUCGACGAUGACAGUAUUCCAAAGAUCGAUACAUUGAUCAACAAUGCCGGAAUAAUGGCUUGUCCAUAUUCGAAGACCGAGGAUGGUAUCGAAAGACACUCCUGGCUGCCGGUCCAAAGUGCCAGAGUUAUCAAUGUAUCAAGUUAUGGCAAUGUCUUGUCUGACGUGUUGGAGGAUCCCAAUUUCAACGAGGGCGAGGAGUACAACUCUUUCAUCUCAUAUGGCCAAAGCAAAACUGCCAACGUCCUGAUGGCCGUAGGCUUGAACAGCCGCCUGCAAGGCAAGGGAUUGAAAGCGUUCGCCCUAGAUCCUGGAAGUGUACCAAGUAACCUUCGUCGUUUCAUGACUCCAGACACAAUAAAAGAAGGAAUGGAGGUCAUCUCAAAGAGUGCUGCCGUGAUGCCACAACGGAAGACGCAGCAGCAAGGCUGUGCGAUCACAAUACGUGCAGUCAUCGAUCCGGAUCUUACAGUCGACGGGAGUAUCUUCCUCUCGGAUACUCAAGUGACGUCCGAUCCGAAAGUGGUGGCUUCGUAUUCCUUGGACGUGUCGAACACCGACCGGGUGUGGAGGAUGAGCGAGCAGCUGGUCGGACAAAGGUUCGAGUUCUGA